AUGGACGGUCUUUGGUCACGAGCCAAAGCUGUUGCUCCUUCAUGGCUAUCCACAAGAUCUAGACAAAGUCAAUGUUCAUCUUCCAAUGCUGCUCCACAAUCGUCUCCGACACAUCGACCUGUGGCCCGGGAGAAAUCCUCCAAGAAACGCAGACGGGCUAGUCCGGUGGACCCUUCCUCAUCUACCGGCGGUCUUGUGGUAACCUCACCUGAAGUGAAGAAGACGAAACGCUCUCGUAAAAAAGCUGAACAGUCAAACAAUGGGCCUACGGAAGCUUCACUGACAGCUGGACCCUCGACGAUGACGAGUCAUAAGAAAGGCAAAAAGAAGGCACCUCCACCACUUUCAGACGAUGUAUUGCGACGACUGCUUCGAAAUGAAGAGCAUAUUAAUGCGUAUCUCUGUGACAGAUGGAUCAAACCUGCAGAAUUAAAUCGGUUAGAAAGCGAAGGGAUCUUGACUUAUAAGCGUGGUAAAUUCGACGAAGAUGAACAAGCUGCUGUUCGAUCAUACUUUGACAACUUCAAGAGUAUUAACAAGCUUGGAGAUGAGGAGCUGUUAGAGAUAAUCAUGGCCAAAGGGGAGAAUACCGAGAGGAAAGAAUAUCCGAAAUUCUGGCCGCAAGUCGCGGCAAACCUUCCUGGACGUCCGGUGAAAUAUGUCAAAGACAUGGUUCAGAGAAUGUAUGAUCCUCUCAGUCGACAAGGUAUAUGGUCCGAAGAACAAGAAGCGACUCUUUUGAGAUUUCACCCUUUGUAUCCCGGUUCUUGGGUCAAACUCGGAGAAGAGGUCGGUCGAAGUGCUUUAGACUGUCGUGAUAAGUGGCAAAAGGUUAGAGUGACAUGGCAUGAUCAUAUUCAGAAAGCCUGGACGGAAGAAGAAACGAACAAGCUCAACGAAGCUGUCAAAAAGGUCGUAACGGUGGAGAAACCGAUGUCAGAUUGGGACUGGGAAAUGAUGGCUAGGAUUAUGGGUGGUGUUAGACCUACUGCGAUUUAUGGACGUCAUUGGAAAACGAUUAAUGGGAUCAGCGAUCGUAAGGGGAAAUCUACUGAAAAGGCCGUGAGGCAAAUGUCGGAGAUUCUUCCGGAGGUGAGAGCGGGCGCGGUGGUCGAAAAGAAUGUCGUUAGCAGAAAUCAAGCAUCGGAUAAGUCUGCGAUAACGGUAUUGGACAAGAAUCAACGAAUGACUCUCAUCAAUAGGAUAAAAAAGCAAAGUGUGACUUCCUCGGGUGAUAUCAAUUGGACAUCAUUGGUCAAGAAGAAACUAGCCACGUUCUCCCCUGACGAGCUGAAAAUGGUAUGGGAAGAAAUGCAAAAGGAGGUUGAUCCGAAAAUGAAGAUGAAACUUUCGCGAGUGUUGAAACGACUCAAGAGACGAUACGAGGAGAUGGACUCUGAAGUGAUAGAGAAGGAGACGACGGAGAAAUCUCAUGAAGAGCCAUCUACCGUGUCUAUCCCAUCGAAGGAACAAUCGAAGAAACGAAAGAGGGGUCAAGGCAUUGAACCGACCUCUGUUCCCUCCCAACCCGCAGCGCCAUCCGGCUCGUUAGUCGUCUCGGAUCAAGUUGCUCCGAAAAAACGGAAAAGAAACGAUGUUCUCAAUCCCAGCGCGGUAAUCUCCCAUCCCACAGCGCCAUCCAGCUCGUUAGUCGUCCCGGAUCAAGUCACUUCGAAGAAACGAAAAAGAAACGAUAUUCCCAAUCCCAACACGGUUCCCUCUCAUCCUGCAGUGACAUCCAGCUCGUUAGUCGUCCCGGAUCAAGUUGCUCAGAAUAAAGGGGAAAAACGAAGAAAGACCCUGGGGGGAGAUGAGAAAAAGGAGAAAAAGACAAAGGCUUCAAGCAGAAGGAAGACUGUAUCUCCUAAGAAAUUCCUGUCAAAAGAUUAUAUCAGUGAUUCUGAUGAGUAA